UCUCCCUUCCGAACCCCUCUAGAUAAAUCGCCACCCCGGAGCGCCAUGCCGGGGGGUACUACCCUCGUAUCCUUAUUGGGCUUAUCCCUGGUUCGCAAUGAUCCUGAAAUUGGGCCCCCCACGGUCAACUCGCAGAGGAUGGGCGCCAGGACAACUUCAGACUUCCGCAGAUGGGCUUGGUUCCGCGCAUCUCUCAAACUUCCUGACUUCGGCCUGAGCGGGCAGAUGCUUCGUUCAGGCGCCGACGACCAGUCCCUCACUGAUCAUGGCAGUCUGGCCUCGGCACGGCUCAACAAGGCGGUCUUCCACUCGUUCAUGGCCUUCCUGGUCGGAGUCCGGAGUCCGCCAACGCUUCCUCGGCCUUGGGACACCCGAGUUCUUUCUCCAGCGACGCCUAUACCACCUCCCAACCCAAGAGCAAACAGGGACCUCUGAAUGCCAUGGGAGCGUGCCUCAAGCGUGGUAGAGGGAGCCUCGGCUCGUCGGAUGGACUGGCCUGCUCGUAGCUCAGCAACCGUGCGUCUGCCCUCAAGGUACUCCGAAGGCACCCACCGAGGAACCUUCGACCUACAUACCUGGGUUGAGCCCACGGUGGUGUGCACAGCUCAGCGGAUCGUGGUCACGCACAGCUCGGUGUGCGCAGGAUGUCGACGCCGCGGCACUCGCCGUCCCGUCGGAGGUGGCUCGGCGGUCCGCGGUAUCCCCGAUCUUCGUCGAGGUCCGGCUACGAGAACUUACGGC